AUGCCGCAUGAUCGUACUUAUUGUAAUAUGCUAUUAAAAUGUCUGAAUAAAGAUGCAAGUUCAUCCGUACAGCCCGAUCUUGCAGCAUCUUUGGAGCAUGUCACAAAAAAUGAUAUUUAUCGAAUCUUAGAACUUAUUCACUUAUCGAAUGACAAUCAGAUACAAAUUAAAUUGAUAUCUAUUUUAACAAUUUAUAUGAUGUCAAAUGGCCCUGACCGAGAACUAAUAAUCAAAUUUAACCCCUUAUACGAUAAAAUGUGUGAGAUACUAACAAAGGGUCACCAAAAAAAGUCUAAUAUAACUUUAAACUUCCUCGCGGGCCUUCUGCACACGGAGGACGACGCCGCGAGUACUAGAGCCCGCGCACAAGUUCUCUAUGCACAGAAUAUGAUCCGAGCUAGCGGAUGUCUGAUGGCCAUGGCUAAUCUCUUCAUUAAUGGUUUACUGCACCAGGAUACGUGGCAAGCGCUUUGUCGAUGCCUCGCUGAUUCGUGUUCUGAUUCAGAAAGUAAUCAGAACUACUGCUCACAUCUUAUUCCCGUGUGCGUGCGUCGCUGUCGUCCGGGGAACGAGCACGUGUUCCAAGUAGUGCAAAGUUUGCUGAGUAACAACGAACGGAACACCCAAUUGUUCUACAAGAGUGGCGGCUGUCGUAUGUUCAACAGGGAAUAUUUGAAAUACGACCGAUGUUUGCAACUUUUAAACACUGUCGUAUCAAAUCCGGACGUUAGAGACAAAAUUUUAAAUGAUACCGAUAUAAUUGGUGAUUUGAAAGAUUUAAAACAAAUGUACGGAUCUACCUCUCAAAAUACGAAAGAUUCUAUUAGUAUACAGAAACCAACAAACAAAACCGAUAUUUCUUCACUUUCGUUUCUAUUGAAUAAUAAUUCAGUUAAAAGUUCUACAAAUAUUAACUUCAAAGACGAAGAAAAUGAUUAUGAUAAAAGUAUUUGUUCUAAUAAAAAAAUAAUUUUAAAAAAGAGUCAUUGUUGCAAGGAAGAAAAGAAAAACACGCAGAAGAAUAUUAUAGAUUUUAAGCCAAAAUAUGCCUCGACGCCUAAACAAACUAAAACGAACAAAUCAAAAAAUUUCACACCAAGACCUAUACAUAAAACGUACAAGAAACAAUAUAAAAACUUAUCCAUUGAUUCUAAAUUAAAAAUUAACACUAAAAGUAAUAAAGACGAAAGUGUUCAAAGGAGAUUUGGAGCCAGUAGGAUAUUGGAUGUUAUAAACGAGACUUGUACGACAAUAAUGAAGAGUGUUACAAAUGUGUUCAGAUCUAAGAAAAGAGAGGACAGCCUUAAUCAAAGUGAAAACUCCAAUAGUGAGAGACAGUCUCAGUAUGCGAACAGCUUCACCAAUUAUAUGAGGCAGAGAGACGCCAUGUUAGAGCAGAACAGCACAAACAGUUACUUGAACGAUUUAAUGGAAGAAGCACAAUACGAAUGUAAUACUUGCAAUGAUACAUUAUCACUCAAACGAAAGUUUUCAAACGAUGACUUCCUCAAAGAAACCGUUAAUAAACUUAAAUUGGGAAUUAAUCUUUACGGAUGUAAUUUCAAGAAAAUAUCGAAUACGUUUUGGCGGGAAGAAAAUUACAUGACACCUACUGUUCUCUACAAUUUGUAUCGUAAACUAAUUCUAAAGUAGUUUAUCGUGGAAAGGAACGAACAUUUUCAAGUUUUCCAGAAUACCCGACAGUGUAAAGUCGGUAUAAUUUAAUUAAAGUUUGUUAAAACUGAAAUAAAUUGAUAUGAUUAGACUGUGUGUUUUCAUGUAACAUUAAACAGGUUAUUCAUUUUAUAAUGUUAUUUUUAAUAGCUAUAUAAUUUUUGGAAUAAGAAUUCACAUGGAUUGUUAAC